AUGGCAAGCCAUCGAGAAGAAGGUAGCUACGACCAUUUCUUUAAAAUUGUUCUAAUCGGCGACUCGGGGGUCGGAAAAUCCAAUUUACUCUCGAGAUUCUGUCACAACAAGUUCACCCUCGAGUUCAAUUCCACCAUUGGGGUCGAGUUUAUUGCCAAGACACUCAAUUUCGAAGGCAAGGUCGUCACGGUUCAGAUUUGGGACACUUCGGGCCAUAACAAUGUUCGAGCCAUCACCGAUGCCUACAAUCGAGGAGCAACCGGCGCACUCAUUGUGUAUGAUGUUACUAACCACAUCACGUUUGUAAAUGCCCAACGAUCGUUAGCCGAUUUGCGGGCCCAUGCCGAUCCGAAUAUUGUCGUGAUGUUGAUUGGCAAUAAGUCGGAUGUUAGACAGUCGGUUGUGGUUACUACUGAGGUAGGGAAGUCGUUCGCUGAAAAGGAAUCGUUGUUGUUCAUGGAGACGUCGGCAUUGAAAGCUAUGAAUGUUGAGAAAGCAUUCACCGACAUUGUUCAUGAAAUAUAUCGAAUUUUAAUCUCAUGUCCACCCAUGAACUGCGUUUUAGAAAGGAAUUGA